CCAUCCACGCGUCCAGCAGCUGUGGCGCAUCCGCCUCCUAUAAGCUCGAAGUGGGGGAUGUUGCCGCAUCCCUCCCCCGCUCGCCACCGACCCACGUCCAUCAACCAUCGAGGAGAGCAGCGCGACGGCCGGAAGGAGAGGAAUCGACCGAGAGAGGGCGAAAGUUCAAUUGACAUGGCUUCUGAAUCCGAGAAUGGCAACUGUGAUGCUUGGGCAGCAAGAGAUCCGUCUGGAGUUCUCUCACCAUACAAGUUUAACCGCAGAGGAGUGCAAAGUGGUGAUGUUUCAUUGAAGAUCACACACUGUGGAGUCUGUUAUGCUGAUGUUAUUUGGACUCAAAAUAAGCACAAUGAUUCAAUGUACCCUUUGGUUCCUGGGCAUGAGAUAGCUGGAGUUGUAACUGAUGUUGGUUCAGACGUCAAGGUUUUUAAAGUAGGUGACCAUGUAGGUGUCGGAACAUAUGUGAACUCAUGCCAAGGUUGUGAGAACUGCAAUAGCUCUCUAGAGAACCACUGCCCAAAAUCAGUUCUUACUUUCAACAGCAUUGAUACAGAUGGCACUGUCACAAAGGGGGGAUAUUCCACUCACAUUGUAGUCCAUGAGAGGUACUGCUUUAAAAUACCAUAUGGCUACCCUUUGGAAAAGGCAGCACCACUACUGUGCGCCGGAAUUACUGUAUACACUCCCAUGAUGCGACACAACAUGAACCAACCUGGAAAGUCACUUGGGGUCAUUGGACUUGGUGGGCUGGGUCACAUGGCAGUGAAAUUUGGUAAAGCCUUUGGGCUUAAUGUCACUGUUUUCAGUACAAGUGAAUCAAAGAGACAUCAAGCCAUCAACCUCCUUCGAGCAGACAACUUUGUGAUAUCAUCAAACACGCAGCAGAUGGAGUCCCUCAAAAACUCCCUGCACUUCAUUGUUGACACUGCUUCCGGUGACCAUCCAUUUGAUCCCUAUCUUUCACUCCUUAAGGUUGGUGGUGUGAUGGCAAUAGUGUGCUUUCCAAGUGAGAUCAAAAUGCAUCCUGCAAGCCUUAAUCUUGGUGCACGAACCCUAUCUGGUAGUAUUGUUGGAGGUACAAAGAACAUACAAGAAAUGAUCAACUUCUGUGCAGCGAACAAAAUCUAUCCUGAGAUUGAGAUCAUCAAGAUGGAUUAUAUCAACGAGGCUCUCCAAAGGCUUGUUAAUCGUGAUGUGAAAUACCGCUUUGUAAUCGACAUUGAGAACUCUUUCAAGUAGCAUGCCAUUUCUCAUUUUCAUGAUCUCUUUGUCGAUGUAAGAGAGCAAGCAAAAAUGUGGGUCAUGUCAAAUAGACUCGAUGUAAUGCUGCACUACAGUUAUAUGAUUCCUUGUGUAGUUGUGUGUGCUGUGCGGCUAUUUGAAUCCCUAUGUAACUUUGCAGUUGACUUGGUGUGAUAUCAUGAUACUGUUGAACAAUAAAUAGAAGUUAUUUUCAUAUCA